AUGCUCGGGCUCCUGCGGCGGCGAGUUCUGUGGCCGCUCGGUGCCCUGGUUCUCAUUUUGAUCGUUUUCACGAUACAACGUAGCUAUUCCAGCCCCGAAUCCAGCGUCGCACAUUUCCGAGCCUUGGAUAAAAGCGACAGCCUUGGACAUGUUUUCAACUCGACGCUCGGGUUCGAGGAUAUCCUUGUUGUCGGCAUGCCGUCCCGGACAGAUCGUCGCGACGGUAUGAUACUCGGUGCGGCCCUUUCCGAGCUUAAAAUUAACUUUGUUGAUGGCGUGAGAGGCGACGACGUAAACGAAAAAGCAAUUCCGGUGCCCAAGGAUCGAAAUAACCAUCUCAAGGGUCCCGUCUUGGGCUCCUGGCGUGGUCAUAUGAACGCCAUCCACGAAGUCGUUCGAAGAAACUUAUCGUCCGCGCUGAUUAUGGAAGACGAUGUAGACUGGGAUGUUAGGAUUCGCGAACAGCUUCAUGACUUUGCUGUUUCCAUCCGAGCUCUCACCCAGCCAUUGAGACGCCAACCAGGCAAAUACGCCGAUCCCACGUAUCCCAACCCAGGCGACGGUUCACCAAGGAAGUUGCCAGAUAUGAACUUCUUCAGCCUUCCUGAUACCGUCCGGCCUUUGAUUUCCCCGUAUGGAGAUAAUUGGGACGUUCUAUGGCUUGGACACUGCGGCAUGCAUUUUGUGUUUGAACAUAGCAAUCUCAUACCCAAGGGCCGCGUGGUCAAGGAAAAUGACGCCUCCGUACCGCCCAAGAAAAACCUUUGGUCGAUCAACAAACCUUUCUCACUAGUGGAUGAGUACCCGGAACAUACACGAGUCGUCCACCAUGCUCAAGAGGGUGUAUGCAGCCUUGCCUAUGCUGUUAGCCAACAGGGUGCCCGAAACAUGCUCCGUGAAAUAGCUCUCAAGCCGGCGACGGAUGCAUUUGACAUUCUCCUCCGACGGCCGUACCAAACAAGCGUGCCUGAGUAUCAACCCAAGUCUGUUUUCCCACCAUCGGCCGACAUGGUUCGGUUUAGCGUACGGCUGAAUGCCGAAGUCAUUCUCAACGGUAGCACCAAUUACAUUGAUCAGUUCCCUGACUCUGCAGAAUGA